UACCAGCAUGUGGUGGGAGAUCUGGUUGGCAUGUCGCAGGGCCAGUUCAGUAAGGUCCUACGGCGUGUCAGCCAGGCUUUCAUCAAGCGUGUAAAGCAAUUUAUUGCUAUGCCUUUGGAUGUUGGUGCCCUAGAUGUGGUGAAGCGGCAAUUUGAGGAAGGUGGUAGUCGCUUCCCACAUGUUAUUGGGGUUGUGGAUGGCACACAUGUAGCUAUUGUGCCACCAAGACAUAAUGAAGAAAUUUAUAGAAACAGGAAACUGUUUCAUUCUCUGAAUGUAAUGGUUGUUUGUGGGCCAUCCCUCCAGAUCCUGUCCCUGAAUGCGAAGUUCCCGGGGAACUCCCAUGAUGCCUAUGUAAUUAGACAAUCAGGGAUAUGGCAGAGAUUAAGAUCGAGGCAAGGACAAGACAUGUGGUUAUUGGGAGACCGUGGAUAUCCUUGCACCCCCUGGCUUAUGACUCCUUACAGUAAGCCCUGGCCAGGACCACAGACGGCAUUUAACUCCGCGCUUACUGCCACUAGACAGCUGGUGGAGCACACAAUUGGUGUCCUUAAAGGACGUUUUCGUGUGCUCCACCGCACUGGUGGCGACAUCAUGUAUUCGCCGGAGAUGGCAAGUAAAAUAGUGGUCCUGUGCGCUAUCCUCCAUAACAUCGCUGUAAGGAGUCGCGUGGAGCUUCCUCAAACAGAGGAAUUGCCUGAUGAGGAGCCAGGGGUUGGGCGGAGAUACGGUGGGGGGAGUGUUUCCCGGAGGGGCAAUGAAGUAAGGGCACGCAUUGUGCAAGAAUAUUUCAGCUGAUUGCUCAUUCAAAAAGUGGACCACCACAACGGCAAGUUGCUGCAGGGAGGCAAGAUCAGGCCCCUUCUCAGCCCCCUCCCCUUCUCAGUCCCCCUCCCCUUCCCAGUCCCCCUCAGCUUCCCAGUCCACCUCAGCUUCCCAGUCCACCUCAGCUUCCCAGUCCCCUUCUCAGCCCACCUCUCCUUCUCCUUCUGUGCCCCCUUCUCCUCCUUCCCAGUCCUCUUCUCCUUCUCCUUCCAACUCCCCUUCUCAGCCCCCCUCACCCUCUAUUGGCCAAACACUCUCUCCGCCCCCCUCGCCCUCUCAAUCAGACCCACCCUCUGAAAUAACAUCCCCAAUCCCUCCUCCUUCCCCCAUCCAGCCUCCUUCCCCAUCCCUCCUCCUUCCCCAAUCCCUCCUCCUUCCCCCAUCCAGCCUCCUUCCCCCAUCCAGCCUCCUUCCCCCAUCCAGCCUCCUUCCCCAAUCCAGCCGCCAUCCCCACCCAGUGAAUGGGUAGAAGAAGCCCCUGAAGAAAUUAGUGGGGUUCAUCAUGUUGCAGAGGAAAAUGUUGCGGUUGGAGAUCCCACAAGUUUGGCCCAAAUUCUGGGCAGCAUGCGCCAGCAACUCCAAAAUUUACUGGCAACAGUUGAUGUAAUGCAAAAAUUGGUCUAACCCAAAAAAAAAAUUACAAAAAACUUACAAAA